AUGUGAGUCUCAGAUGUGGCCACAUGCUCACUACCAGGAAGUUUUCCAUAGAACCCAAGUUUUAAUUCUUCAAUCAGGCUUCUGAACGCAAUCUUUGAUUCCUGGAAAACGAUGAAUUCCUCCUCUUAGAAGUUGUGGUAGACAUGUAUUUAUCUGUGUAGACCUGACAGACGUUUUGUGUUAUUCCUGGAUAACCCAUUGGAGAUAAAGAUGGACCCUUCGCUGUCUGCAAGUGAUAUCGCAAGUUCAACCAAACCACUGAGUGAAGCAUCUAGUCCUCCAGUGAUGGACCUCCUUAGUGAACCAGCAAGCCAGGCAUCUAGUGCGCCAAUGGUGGACCUCCUUAUGGAACCAGCAAGCGAGGGAUCUAGUGCUCCAAUGGUGGACAUACUUAGUGAACCAGCAAGCGAGGCAUCUAGUGCGCCAAUGGUGGACCUCCUUAUGGAACCAGCAAGCGAGAGAUCUAGUGCUCCAAUGGUGGACCUCCUUAUGGAACCAGCAAGCGAGGCAUCUAGUGCUCCAAUGGUGGGCCUCCUUAUGGAACCAGCAAGCGAGGCAUCUAGUGAUCCAAUGAUGAACCUCCUUAUGGAACCAGCAAGCGAGGCAUCUAGUGCUCCAAUGAUGAAUCUCCUUAUGGAACCAGCAAGUGACGACUUAAAGGAGCCUCCCAAACCUGACAUCGACCCAUUGGCUGACAUUAUCAACGACACUCCACUCAUUGAAGUCAAAACACCGGUUGCUGCAAUGCCCCAGGAGCCACCGAGCGACCUCUUUGACGAUGAGCCUAGCGAACUUUUCGCUGAACCACGACAAAGUAACACCGCCAAGCAACAACAAACUAGCAUCUUUGACGAACCUGAUGAGGACCUCUUCAGUGAACCACUGGGUGAGGCCUCGAAGAAACCCCAGAAUGAUUUCUUCAAAGAAGCACUUGCACCAGUGGCCAAAGCUAGCAAUGUCUGCGGUCCUCUGAGUGACAACUUCAAUGAGCACCCCACUGAUAUAUUCACUGAGGAGGCUAUCACUACUCUCCCUAGUGCAGUCAGUACUGUUUCCGUCAACUCCAAGACCAACGGAGUCCACUCUGAUGAGGAGGAACGUGAUAUAUUUGCAGAAGCCACCGUAGAGCUGUCUCUGGACAGCCCUAGGAAUGACAGAAAAAAGAAAGAGGCAGCCAAGCCCUCUGCGUCUGCCCCUGCUCCCUCAGUCUCAGCAAGUGCUUCCAAACCGCAACCCAAGACCCUGGAGGAGGUACAGUACAUUACAUUGGAAGAGGAGGUUGAGGAUAGAUUUGAGCUGAAUAUCUCAAUAACCAAUCCAGAGAAAGUUGGGGAUGGCAUGAACGCUUACAUGGCCUACAAAGUCUCCACACAGACCACGCUGCCCAUGUUCCGCAGUAAGACGUUCACAGUGCGCCGGCGUUUCAGUGACUUCUUAGGCCUUUACGAGAAGCUCUCAGAUAAACACACACUGAAUGGCUACAUUGUGCCCCCGCCGCCUGAGAAGAGCAUUAUGGGCAUGACUAAAGUCAAAGUGGGAAAAGAGGACAACUCGUCGGCUGAGUUUGUGGAGAGGAGGAGGGCGGCUCUGGAGAGGUAUCUGCAGAGAGUGGUGUUCCACCCAUCACUGAUACAAGACCCUGACGUCAGAGAAUUCUUGGAGAGGGACGAUAUGCCCAGGGCUCACAACACCCAGGCUCUGAGCGGCGCCGGCUUCCUGAAGAUGAUCAACAGGGCUACAGACUCCCUCAGCAAGAUGACCAUCAAAAUGAAUGAGUCGGAUGUGUGGUUUGAGGAGAAACUGCAGGAAGUGGAAGCUGAGGACCAGCAGCUGAGGAAGCUCCACAUCAUGGUGGACUCUCUGGUUGGACACAGGAAAGAGUUGUCGGUAAACACGGGUGGCUUUGCCAAGAGCGUGGCGAUGCUAGGCAGCUCGGAGGACAACACGGCCCUGUCCAGAGCCCUCUCCCAGCUGGCCGAGGUGGAGGACAAGAUGGAGCAGCUGCACCAAGAGCAGGCAGCCAGCGACUCGUUCUGCUUCGCCGAGCUGCUCGCCGACUACAUCCGCCUGCUGGGAUCUGUCCGGGCCUCCUUUGACCAGCGGAUGAAGACGUGGCAGCGCUGGCAGGAUGCUCAGAACAUGCUGCAGAAAAAGAGGGAGACAGAGGCCAAGCUGCUGUGGGCCAACAAACCUGACAAGCUGCAGCAGGCCAAGGAUGACAUCACUGAGUGGGAGGCCAAGGUGACUCAGUAUGAGAGAGACUUUGACAGAGUGUCAGCUACAGUUCGCAAGGAGGUGCUCAGGUUUGAGAAAGAGAAGGCCCGCGAUUUCAAGAAACAGAUCAUCAAAUACCUGGAGUCUCUGCUACAGUCGCAGCAACAGCUGAUAAAGUACUGGGAGGCAUUCUUGCCAGAGGCAAAAGCGAUUGCGUGAUGGAGUCCGCCAGCCAAUGGAAAGAAAGAAGAGGAGGCGGCCUUUUUUUAUACACUUUACCUCUCGCCUAUAAACCAAGAAAAUAACCAGAGAGUGCGCUGCAAAGGGAAAUUUGAUUCGUUUUUUAAAAUCAUCCUAAACCUAUAGCGCUUCAUUCUAACUGUUGUAUUAAUAAUUGUAUAUUUUCAUUUAACCUUCCACAUAUAUUUUCUAAAUGGUGAAAACAAACUUUAGCUCUUUUGUGAUGGUAUGGAUGUGGGUGAGGGCUGGGUGUCCAAAUUGCGUAUGCAAUGUUAAUGAUUCCAUUAGUUCCCACUUCAGAACAGGAGAAAUCAUUGUUCUCAGUGCAACAUCCUUAUAUUAACAAUAGGAGAUUUUUUACACAUUAGCAUUGUUAAUAAUUCACAACAGAGUGCCCAUCACACACAUGACACACGAGGCAGCGUUUCUGGGGCUUUCAAGGGGAUCUAGUUGAAUUAAAUGCCCAAUUCCAAAUCAAACACCAGCACCCUGCUCCCCAUGCACUUCUUAAGAAUCAAGAUAAAGGAUUGGGUAUAAGUAAGCAAUAAUAACACAGAACAUCCGCCUAGUCUUUCAAAAGGCUUUGCGUUGUUGCUAUUGUGGCUGGGGGUCCAUUUUGAAUUGAGUCAAAGACACAUGUGGAUCCACAUUCAGCCUGUAUAAUUUGGGAGGAUCUUGAGAUGUUUAAAUUUCUACAUUUUGAGUUAAACUUUUUUUGUUAUUAUUAUACAUGAUCGGUUCAAUCACUGUGGACAUGACAUCAACCCUUCAAAAUAAAAGUCAAGAAAAUAAGAACCAAAGUUGAUAAGUGUGAAAAAUAAUGUAAAAAGUUUAAACCACGUCAGUAACUGUUAAAAGUACUGCUGGUCCACAUGGAAAGCACGUUAAUUUCAAUGGAAGCUGUCUUUAUAUUGUCAUUCAUUUGGAUGAAUGGCUUCGGAUUUGGGGAAAAUGAAACUGUUUCAGGGAAAUACUCCAAAAGGGCAAUCGAAUCUUCUCAACAUGCAUUGUAGUUUUCACUUUGCAUGAGGAACCGCAUCCAUUAAAAUGAUCACUUACCUGUA